GUUAGCUCCUCUCCGUCACCCUCGCUUCGUCUCUCUUCCUCUUUGUGUCGUUCGAACGGUGAAGAGCCAAUGCGAAGGAGGGAUACAGAACCGUCGAUAACGCGGCGUCGGAGCGCGGCGCCGUGCGGCUCUUCUCGUUCCUUGUUUCGCGGACUUGACUGGUGUGUAGACGAAAAAGGCAAGAGAUGUUUUCUUUCCAGUCACAUUAAACUCUAGACUCUAAACAUCUCUUUGGCGCGCGCCCGCUGGCCCCGACCUCUCAAUGGGCGCUCUCCGCUCUCUUUCCUUCAGUCUUUCUCGCGCUCUCUUUCUAGGUUCCUCUCUCUCUCUCACCCGUUCCCUUCCCCCCUCUUCUGCUCCCUCGCCAGUGCGCUUUCUCAGUCGCUUUUCCUCUCCGUUGGUGUGCCUGCGCGGUCUCUGGAGACUGGAGGCUGCGCGGACUGGUCCGUUAAUCGAAGACGGCUGUGCUGUCGAGCGCCUCUCCGGGACUUCGAGUAAACGCCAUCCACCAUUUCGCAUAGCCGAUAGGCCUUCGCCUCUGCAGACACCUCCGGCGUCGACAAGCGCCCUUUCCAUCUCUCACUUUCGUUUCGGGCCUCCACCUGCUGUGUUGUCGAGUUUUCUUCAUUCCUCUUUCCCCGCGCUUCUGCUUUCCCCUUGCGUUCUUCUCUCCUAGCUGCUUCUUGCGUCGCUCAUGUUUCUCGCUUUCCCCCUCUCUCUGCGCCUGCGGUCUGCCCGCUCCACAUCGCGGCAAACUGCCUUCCCUGCACUGCUCACGAACGACCCAUACGUAGACAGUGUUCUCUCCUGCUUCCACCCGCUUUACGAGCUUUCCGUCGCAGUCUGAUCGCGCCACUCGAUCCCCCUCGCGAAGCCGCGUUUCAACCGCCAACCAGUCCAGUCCCACUGCUGCGUCUGCAGAACGUCGACGUCGGGGGAGAAGGCUCUUUGUGUUUCUCAGUUUUUCCAUGGCGGACGAGGAAGGCCCAAUCCUGCCCUCCACCUGUCCCUCCUCGGUCCGUGUCUCGCGUGAUCUCGACCUUUCGAUCCCGACCUGUCAAGAUGACGGAGUCUCCUCUCUGACGACCGGCACCACACCUCAAGGGCGAACGAGGCGCCGCUGGCUCCUCUCGGCCUCUCUCGACUGCUCCUCCCUCUCCUCUUCUGACUCUUCUUCCUCUUCUGACUCUUCUUCCUCUUCCCGCUGGCCCGCCUCGCCUCCUUCCUUCGCUUCCGUCGUCCGCCCGCGCUUGACCCUGUCGUUUUCCUCGCUUCUCCAGGUUUCCUGGUGCUUCUUUUCGUUUCUCUCUUGCUUCCAUGUGCUGGCUGCUCCGCGACAGCAGUGGGGACGCCCAAGCGACCGAAGCUCCUCUUUCUCUCUUCCAAAUUCGUCUGCGUCUUCCCCCUCUCUCGCCUCUCUCCUGACCGUUCACAGUCCUGCCCGUUCCGCUUGUCUCCCCCACAUCAUCUCUUCUCCUCGUUCCCUGUCGUCUUCUCUCUCUUCUUCUCCCUCCUCCUCUCGGUGCGCGUCUCUCUCUGCUUCUUCGUCGUCUCUUUUCUCCGGGCUCUCCUUGCCUUCGUACACGUACCGCUUUUCUUCCUCUUCAUCAUCUCCUCAAACUUCUUUAUCUUUUCUCUCCUCGCCCAGUUCUUUCUCCUCUUUCGUUUCUUCUUCUCUUUCCUCUUAUUGCUCUGAUCGGCCUGCGUUCGAUUCGCGGCCAGUUUCUUCUUCUUCUUCCGUGGGUGUCUUCUGGCCUCGUGCGCCUGGCUCGACCCUCGCGUCUCCUGCGCAUUCGCUGCGAUCGAAAAACUCUCGCAUCUCUGCCUUCUUUGCCUCUGCAGGCGAUACGUUCGCGGGAGGAAGGCCAGGAGGACGAGACGCGAAACGCUACAGAGAAUGGCGGGGAUCUUGUGCGAGCGUCUGGCUCGCUCUCGGCAGAUGUCCGCCUCGAUCUGUAUCCUUUUUUGUCCAAGCUUCUGCUCUUUCGUCUUCACCUCCACUGUCUGCUUCUUCUCUCUGCUCUUCGUCGCUUCGAGCGUCUCCUGCUCUCGCGUCUUCUCCAGCGUUUCCGGCUCUUGUCUCUCCUUCACGUCUCUCCCGCCUGCGAGGCGGCGCGCGCUCGAGCGCCCUCUUCGGUGUGCCCCACCUCUACAAGUGGCUCUGCCGGCAUUUUCCUUCGCUGAAGCGGACGCUGCACGAAUUCGCGGAUUUGUAUGUCCCGCCGACCCCUGCGUCUUCUGUUUCACAAACUCGAGAGUCAAAGGACGCGCAGAUCGGCGAAACUGAGACGGAGAUCGAAGGCCAGAAGCACCCACCGGCCAAAUGGAGUCCUGGACGUCCUCCCCAGUCUGUCUCGGCUUCUCCUCUCUCUGCAGAGAGAGCGAGAGAUGCUCAGAUGGAACUGAGGGCCGCUGUGGAGAGAGCAGUGCAGACGGCUCCGCGGCUAGUUGGGCGCGAGAGACUGCGAAGGCGCAAAGGCCUCGCACAGGCUCUGGCGCCCCAGCCCGGGGGCAGACGCGCAGCCCACGUGGCGGCGAUGCAAGAGGUUUUGCGACUGAAGGAGAGAGAACUCGUGGCGACCCAUCGAGGAAGGGAAAGACAGGACCCGACCUUGGAGGUCUCGCGAAAAAAAACAGCCGAGAGCAGUCCUGGCGCGCGCGCUUCGGAAGACACUCGCAUGCGUUUACCUGCGUCUUCUGACAGCCAAGCUGCUUCGCCUCGAGGCAGCGCAGAAAAGACUGCUGAGAAACCUCUCCCAGCGCCCCUUGCUUCAGAUCCACGCGUCUUGGCUUCGUCGACGACUGGCGCUGCUGUCUCUCGUGUCUCCGGAGUGUCUCAGGCUCUUCCUCCGACAUUUCCGAGUUCUGCCUCGUCUCCGGCGACUGUUGCUCGUCCAGUGUCUCUGGCUCAGCUGCGCUCGCGCCUGCCUAUCGAUGCGCUGUUCCUAGAUUUCAACGCGAUCAUCCACCUCUGCAGUCACGGACAUCUGCCCUCGACUUUGCCGCCGCCACUCAUGCACUGCCAGCCGCUGCUUUUGCAGCGCGUCUGCGCGUACCUCCACCGCCUCGUCUCGCUCGUGAGGCCCCGAAAGUUGCUCGUCCUCACUCUGGACGGCGUCCCUCCGCUUGCCAAAGUGAAUCAACAGAGAAGCCGCCGCUUCCGCCAAAGCCGCGACGACCGCCUCGCUGUGAGGCUUGAAGACGAAGAAGACGAAGACGAAGGAGACGGAAGGCAAGGGUGCCGCCGCGCUGCACAGACACCCACACUCGAGACAGACGCGACCCUGAAUGCGCAGGAGACGCUGAGGGCCGAGGGCCGAGAAGAAGGCGAUGGAGAGGGGGUGAGAAAACUUUGUGGGGAAGCCAGCAGCGACCUGUUCGCUGCGGUUGCGCCGCCCUACUUGGACACAAACUGCAUCAGUCCAGGGACGACGUUCAUGACCCUUUGCGAACAGACUCUGAAGAAGUUCAUUGUACACAAGCUCAGGACGUCUCCCCUCUGGCGGAAUCUCCAGUGCGUCUGUCUCAAUACGCAUUCUGUGCCAGGCGAAGGCGAACACAAACUUCUUCAUCUCCUUCGAUUCGGCAAGUGGCCUGAGUCAAAGUCCCUCCCGCUCACUCUGCAGGGAGCAGGCCCGCAUGCAGGCGAUUCAAGAUCGUUUUCUCCUUCUUCGCGCGGCUCUGCCCCGUGCGCCCCUGGUGCGGCGUCGCGACGUGGACAGAAGCGAAGUCCCCCAGCAGUUGCCAGUUUGGAGGAGAAGACCGAGAAAGGCGAGAACCCCACGGGCCUCGAAGCGACAGGGCCUGCACACCCGGGAGGACUGCUUCAUCCUCGCCCUGAGCCCCCAGGGCUGCACAUUCUGUUGCCGGACCGCGAGGAAGAAAGCGAAGCGGAAAUGGCAGACUCCAACGGCGCCAGGCCUUCAGUCGCUUCGCCUGCGCCCUCAGUGGUCUCGCUGCAGUCCAACGCCCCUGCAGGCCUCCUGCCGCGUCUGCCUCUCAACAAGGCCCCGGCGGGUGCGCUGCCCCUUUCGCGCCUCGAGCAGAGACAGCGGGAAGCGCAUCCGGUGUUUUUGUCUUCGUUCUUGCAUGCAAAGUUCUCAAAACGUCGGCCCGCUGAGUCUGGAGGCCCGGGAGAGGCCGAGACACAGACACCUGAGCAGUCGUCUGCGCCGCCGCUUUCGUCGCCUUCGAGCUCGAGCGACGGCGACCUGCCUCCCUCGGCUUCUGCCGAAGAGGCGGAGGGUUUCGACGGAGCCCAGGUCGCUCUGCCGGGGCGCAUCUGUCUGUAUGGGAUGGACGCCGACUUGUUGAUGCUUGCGCUGUCUGUACACCGGCCAAACCUGCUGAUUCUGCGGGAGCGGCAGGCGAGCUUAGAGCGGACGCGCGCCCAGACGCAUGCAGAGGCCGUCGCGAAGGCGCGCGUGAAUCCGCACCGCGCGGUGGCGCUCUUCAGCGACCAGGGCUCGCUGGCGCCGCGUGGAGCCCAACGCGCCCGACGAGGCCAGCGGGCGCCCCGGCGAGGCCCCGAGCGCGAGGAGACAGAGGCUCCAGAUCCUCAGGCGGCGCUCCUGGUACCCAAACGCCACGAUUUUUUGCAGUACACCCCGCGCGACUUCGAAGUCGUUGACGUCGAUGUAAUGCGCAGCGAACUAUUGUCGGGCCUUCGGCGCGGCAUUGCAGAUGCAGACGGCUUCUCUUCGCCGUUUUCGGAGACACCAGGACCGUUUCCACCGGGGCGCGGGGAGAAGCCAGAGAGCUCGAAGGGGGCGCAGGCAGUCGAGCCCAAGGCACCGGGAGUUGUCAGUUUUUCUCAAGGCGAAGGCCGCCGAGGGUUUGCGGAUCCGCGCUUGCUGGACCCGGAGCGGCUGAUCGAUGACUUUGUCUUUCUCUCCUUCUUCGUCGGAAACGACUUCUUGCCUGGGCUGCCCCACCUGGACAUCUUCCAGGGUGGCUUGGCGACGCUCGUCCGUUCAUAUACGGCGGCACUGCCUGCGCUCGGCGGAUACCUGACUCUGAAGACGAAAAUCAACCUCGAGCGGCUCCGGCGACUCUUCCAGAUUCUCGCGCUUUACGAAGGCCCCCACUUCCAGAGACACCUCGACCCGGGGCUUCUCCGGAGCAUCUCGCGGGCGCAAGCAGGCCUUUCAGGUCACGGCGCGGACGGCACGAGACACGACGACCUGGUGGAAGAGGCGAAGCGCAGAAUCAGUCCGCUUCUGAGCCGCGUGUCUAGACAGCCAGCGCAAGAAGUCGACUGCUCUGAUCCCCACGCCGUACUCUACUACACCUCGAAGUUUCCUCUUGCGACGCUUCUGGGGCGAGGAGACAGUCGAGCGAAGAGCGGGGCGUCUCCUGCAUGCCCGACGUCUCCUUCUGCAGCUCCGUUGGUGCCGAGCCUCGCGCGGGGUCCGUGGGCAGUGCCCUUUGCGAACUUUCGCGCGCAGCUCGCGCUCGACUAUGUGACGGGACUGUUUUUUCUCCUGAGGUAUUACCAUACGUCGAAGCCUUGCUGGUCGUGGUUCUUCCCGCAUGAAUUCGCGCCGCUCUGCUCCGACCUCGCGCGCCUGGACCCGCAAGCGCUCGCGCGAGCUGUCGCCCUCCCCAGCCUCCGGGAAGACUUCAUGUUCUCGCCGUACGCCCAACUGCUCGCCGUGCUCCCGGCCUCCAGCGCCGCUCUUUUGCCUCGGAUCUACAGACACCUGCCGCAGACACGCGAUGUCGCCGACAUGUUUCCAGAUACGUUCCCCGUAGACAGCCACCCUUUCCACGCGCUUCGUUUCGACUUCAAAAACAUCCUCGAAGGCAAGCAGGGCCGGAGAGCUGGAACCACACACGCUUCGGCAGCGGGACGCAACGAAGCUUCUUCUCUUUUCUUUGAACUGCAGGUUCCUCCUGCUCUGAGGGAUUCUGAGCUCCGUGGAAAUCAGACCUCUUCGUCUCCGUCGCCCCCUUCCACUUCUUCCCCUUCUUCUCCGGCUUCGCCUUCUGUUUCGGGGCAGUGUAUGGACAGCCGAGAGCGAGAAGCCGUGGCGCUUGCCCUUGACGCGCAUGCAGAUCCUCGCUUUCUCGCGUCCACGCUUUCGGCUGCGUCUGCCGCCUCUCUGCCCUCAUGGCUCCAUCGACCGAUUCUGCCUCCCCUCGACAUUCCUCGGCUGCUGGAGGCCGCGCGCGCGGCAGGCAAAGAGGCGCGGGAGGAGAGGACUGAAGACGGCGCAGGUGGACAGACAGCGGAGAAAGGCCGAAAAGCGGAGACGGAAACGAACUCGGGAGUCGACUCUCGUGGUCGCGCUCCCGAGACACAAAUCAUCUUCUCCCUGUGCAAAGAGCACGGACAAGUUAUCGCUGAGAAGCGAAACGAACGCGCAAAAGAGUCAAAGCAGAAGCCAGCACAGAGAGAACUUGCAGAGGAAAGGGAACAACCCGAGAGAGACCAAGAGAGAGAACAGGCGCAGGAAAGGGCAGCAAGACGGCAGGGGAGAGAAGAGCAGUGCGAAUCUGGGGAAGGCGAAGCGGACGACGACGAUGUGCAUGCAGAGAAGGCAGCAAAGUCGAAGUUCGAAGAAGACCCCUUGAGAACUCUUUGGACUCUCCAGGAUGUGCUGCGAAACCGCGUCGGUAAGCCAGUCAUGUUCUCGCCGCCGUCGACGAGUGUCUUCUCAGGAGAGAAGCGGCGCGGGAGAUCAACUGGGGGCGGGUCGCGGGGGAAGCGCGUGUCUGAAAGCAACGCAGGCAAGGUCCCGGGGAAGAGCGAAAAAGGCGCAGAGAGGGGAAGCCGCUCGACAGGUUUCUUCGGACGAGAGCGACGAGGCGUGAACAGGAGAGCUGAGCCGAAGAAGGUGUCAACGCGCAAGACAGAAGGCGAGAAGGAACGAGCUGGAGACUCCGUCGACGGAGACAGAAGGGCCAAAACCGGACAGGGUCGGACGACACAGACGACUGGGGCGCAGAAAGACAAGAAUCUGAGGGAGCCGCGAUGCGAGGAAGUCUUUUCAGAGAGGUCAAAAGGAAGCGAAGGCGAAGGAAAAGGAGAGUGUGAGAAAGCCAGCGGGUCUCGCGGUCAGCGGAAGGAGCUGGAACGGAGCGGGCGGCGUCGAAGCCCGAAAAGAAAAGCCCCAAAGAUCGACGAGAAAAGAAAAGCCCCAAAGAGCGGCGAGAAAAGAAAAGCCCCAAAGAGCGACGAGGAAAGCAGGGGAAAAGUGGCGUUUUCAGGGGGCAAGGGGCAGGAAAGUCAGUGAGGAAAAAGGGAGAGGAAACGACACUUACAACAGACAUAUCUUUACAUGUAAAACGGCAUCUGCGCAUGUCUCCACUCGUGUAGGGAGUCUUAUAAGAGCGUAUAGGUGUGAGCAUAUCACCGAUUAUGCAACGCAUUUCCAUCCCACAUACACCAACGUUUCUGUCUCCGUGGGCGAUUGCCUGGGAAGGACGAGUAAAUAAAUGUACACCUGGUACAGCUGCAGGAACUCCGCACUUGAGUCUUGCCUUUUCUCCUUUCUGAAUCACGCAGAGAAUAGAGGCCUGUUCACGGC